UUAAAAAUAUUCGACCACAUAAAAAGGGCCAUUUUGAAUACCAGUCUCCCAGAUAAACUGCACUAGGCCCCACUCUAAUGUAUCCGUUACAAACAUAACCACACUGAAGAGUAGAGGAAACAAGCCGUUGCGACCGAAAAUAGAAAUUUAUAAUUAUCUUUGAGGAAAUAUGAGAGAAAUAUGAGGUAGAGAAGAAGGGAUUUUGGUAUUCUUCGUAGUAGCUGAGGAAGAAAAAAACGAUGGGGUUUUCACCUGACAAAGAAAAUCAACAUUCAGCGAGCUGGUUGAGAAGCAAGAAAGCUUUGAACAAUGUCCUCUGCGCAAUGCGCCUCAACAAACCCCUCACCCCCAAGAACCAAAUCCAACCCCCGCUUGCUUCACCGCGCACACCCAAGAUCCAUCAUUUCACUCCUACAACAGAUGUUGUUCUCGACAAAACUUCACUUCUCUCCGAUGAAAUCUUGCUCAAGAUUCUCUCAAAGCUCCCGACAUCUCAGAGGGAUGCCAAUUUUCUUGUUUCCAAACGGUGGCUCAAUCUGCAGGGCAGGCUUGUGAGAUCAGUCAAGCUUCUAGAUUGGUACUUUCUCGUUUCAGGAAGGUUACUUUACAGGUUUCCCAAUCUCGUUCGCGUCGAUUUGGUUACUGGGUGUUUGGUUUCCCCCCAGAACUUGGGCGUCUCUGUCACUAACAGGAUCGUGUCUUUUCACGGCGGUUCUGAUUGCUUUCAUCAUAAAGACUGGUUUACUCCGGAGAAUUAUGCGUUGAGUGGCGAUGAAGUGGACAGGGGUUUGAAGGUUUUGGCGGGUGGAUUCCCGAAUCUGCGGAAAUUGGCGGUGAUGAACGCCACCGAGAUGGGGCUGCUGAGCGUGGCUGAGGAGUGCCCCGCGUUGCAAGAACUCGAGCUGCGUAUGUGCAACGACCGUGUUCUUCGCGGCAUAGCGGCGUGCCAGAAUCUGCAGAUCUUGAGGCUGAGUGGAGUUGCAGAUGGUUCGCUUGUUUCGGAUGUUGGUCUGACCAUCUUGGCGCAGGGAUGCAAGAAACUGAUGAAGCUCGAAUUGAGCGGAUGCGGAGGGAGCUUUGAAGGCAUUAGAGCCAUUGGGCAGUGCUGUUUGAUGCUCCAAGAGCUGACGCUAUCCGACCAUGAUAUGGAGGAUGGUUGGAUGUUGGGCCUUUCGUUUUGUGAGAAUUUGAAGAGUUUGAGGUUGGUGUCGUGCAGGAGAAUCGAUGGUGUGUUGGAUGAGGAUUUGGGAUGUUGUCCGGCAAUUGAGAGCUUGCAUUUGGACAAGUGUCAGUUGAGGGACAAGAAGAGUUUGAGGGCAUUGUUUCUUAUCUCUCAGAAUGCGAGGGAAGUGGUGCUGCAGAAUUGCUGGGGUCUGAGUGAUGACAUGUUCAUCACUGCAACUGCUUUGAGGAGGGUGAGCUCUCUGUCGAUACAAGGAUGCUCGUUGCUGAGCACGCACGGGCUGGAGAGCGUGAUCAUCUCUUGGGACGAGCUUAAGAGCCUCAAAGUGAUAUCUUGUAACAACAUAAAGGAUGAAGAGAUCAAUCCACUACUUUCCAAUGUGUUUGCAGCUCUCAAAGAUUUGAAAUGGGAACCGGAUUCGAGAAGCCGCCUUUCCUCGAGUCUUGCAGGCACCGGCGUUGGGAGAAAGGGUGCUAAGUUCUUCAACAAGUCGUGUGAUUGGAAAUCUCUGCCGGCCUCAUUUAGAACUAAAUUAGAUGCUUCAACUUAACUUGUUACCUUUUGUUAUGUAUUGUAAUUGUAGUGUUGUUUUGUUUGCUUGAAAAUGUAUGUAUAAACAAUAACGGCCUAUUAGAUUCAACAUAUACAUAAUAAUACAAAGAAAGGAUGAUUGUUUUAA